UCAUUAACUACUCCGCAGUACGAAUGCUAUCUGAGCUCGUAGGUAGACCUGUGUUUGUGUCGUAGCCUUGGUCGUGAUGUUACAUCGUAUCAAGUGAACGUAAUUUUAAAAAUAUAAUGAAUCACAAUAUUUGUAUACGCGAUCCAACGUACAUUUUUUAUCGCGUUUUCGCCGAGAUUUCUCUUAUCACAAUAAAAACAUUCUCAUUUUUCGAGUGAUUUUUCGCCAAUAACGUAGAAAAAUUAUGUAAGUAUACGAGCUAGUAACUAGGUACCUAUUCGUUUCUCGUUAACUUACUUAUAGACUGGUACCUUUAGCCAAUUUCCGAGCACGAAUUAUUCGCGAUUAUUUCGUAAGAACGAUGAUUUACGCGAUUUUAUUUUCAAUAAUAAUCAUUUCGCUGCUAUAUUACUACUUAACGUACCCACUCGGUUACUGGAAGAGAUUGAAAAUCGCCAGCGCUGAUUCAGUUCCAUUAUUCGGUAACAUAUCAGAUUUCCUAUUCGGUCGCAAGCAUAUCUCGAUUGUUUACGACGUCGUUUAUAAAUCUUUUCCUGAAGAGCCCUACGUAGGCAUAUUGGAACUCCGUUCGCCUAAUUUAAUCAUCAGAGACGCAUCCUUAGCACAUCGUAUACUCACCAAAGACUACGAGUAUUUUUACGAUCGAGGAAUCGAAAUAGACGAAGAGCUAGAUCCGUUGACAGCUCACCUAGUGAAUUUAUCAGGCUCGAGAUGGAAAAACACCAGAUCCAAACUGAUGCCUGCUUUCUCAUCGGGCAAGUUGAAACAAAUGUACCCUUUGAUCGACGAUUGUGCCAAAGAAUUAGAUCAGUACCUGGAGCAAGAAUCUGGCAGGGAAGAGGCCGGUACUGAUGUAAGGGAAUUGAUGGCUAAGUUUUCGACCGAUGUGAUUGGUCGGUGUGCUUUUGGGUUGGAUUUUAAUACGAUGAAGGAUCCUGAGUCGUCGUUUAGAAGUAUUGGUAAGAAGAUAUUCGUGCUGUCGUGGAGUAUUGUGGCGAGAAUUUGUCUCAGGUUGAUAAAUCCGAGACUGUUGAAAUGGAUUAGGAUUAGAUCGACGUCGAAGGAGGUGGAAGUGUUUUUUUAUAAUUUAUUGUACGAUACGAUCAAAUUCAGGAAGAUGAAUCCGGGUCAAGAUAGGUAUGAUAUUUUGCAGCUGAUGUGCCAUAUUCAGGAGCAAGAUGAGAAACAGGGUGUUCCUAAAGACGAAAGAUUAACAGACACUCUGCUGGUAGCCAAUAUGUUUGUUUUCUUCGCCGGAGGAUUUGAGACCACUGCCUCAACGUUAAGUUAUUGUUUAUACGAACUGGCCCUAAAUCCAGAUAUCCAAGAAAAAGCCAGAGCAGAAAUUUGCCAACUUAUGGAGUCAAAAAACUCGUCUCUAGAUUACGACUCCCUUAACGAAUUGAAUUAUUUAGAACUAGUUCUCAUGGAAACUCUGAGAAAAUAUGCUCCUAUACCAUUGGCCAGUCGAAUAUGUACUCGACCUUAUAACCUGCCAAACACGUCGAUAGUUUUGAAAGAAAAACUAAGAGUGACCAUUCCAAUUCAUUCUUACCACCACGAUCCUAAAUAUUUUUCGAAUCCGGAAGCAUUCUGUCCGGAAAGAUUCAAAGAAUACGAUAAACUGGCGUAUUUGCCUUUUGGAGAUGGGCCCAGAAUAUGCAUAGGAUUGAGGUUAGCCAAAUUGGAGAUGAAAAGCUGUCUGGCCAGAAUCAUCGCGAAAUAUGAAUUUUCAGUUUGCAGUCAGACGAAAAUACCUAUCGAAUUUAAAUCCAGAUCUAUUUUUCUCACUCCUAAUCAUCCUAUUAAUUUGAAAGUUCGUAAAAUAUAACGUUUAAUUUUUGCAA